CUUACAGCCACUCCAGAGACAGCCUUUCUCCACGCCAUCAGCGCCGCCGCCAUUACUUACGAAUUGACCCUUAAAUGCCGGUAUAACAUAGUGGGAUGCUAUUGUGUGAUACGUCGAGUAUCUAAUAGUCGGUUGGGGCAGUUAGGAUGUGGAGAUAAUGUUGAGUAUGGAAUGAACCAGACAAGGCUAUUUUUCGACGAACUAGAAACUGGAAUCGACGCUCGGACAGCAGUGAACAGGCAUAACAACCGAGUAGGAAGAGAGGUACGGUAGUUGUAGUUUCAAGACAGUCUGUCGUCCUAUAUAAGGGAAUUCGGAUUCCGGAAUUAGGGAAAUUUUUGCUUGUGGAAUCCGGAAUGCGCCGACAUUUUGCUUAUGGAAUCCGGAAUCCUGGGACUUUGAAAUCCGGAAUACAGCUCUAGGAAUCCGGAAUCCCAGUAACGACUGGAAUCAGGAAUCCAAGUUCCACUGACAAAGACGGGAAUCCAGUACCUGGAAUCCAGAUUCCAAGACUGUCUUCAAAUCCCAUGAUAAGCACGAGACUUCGAGUCGUUUACUCCGUUGCUGAUAGGAGGAAACGACUGGAAGUAAUCGUCUAAAAUUCAGGCUACUUACAUGGACUACAUGGGGGGAAGUCUGGGGAAACGAUUUUAAAACAGCUUGCAUGUUAAACGGGACCAGGACACUUUUUGAGCCGGUGGAAAAUUUGUGUGGCGUCGUAUGAAUGUAGCCUUAAUGUCAUUCAGAAGCUGUCUUCCUCUUUCAAGGCACAUCUUGGCGUGAACCAAAUAUGGUGACAGUCAUUGCAUAUGCUAUAAUUACGGGAUAUAGUAGUUAUGGGCAUGUGUUCUAAUCAUUUCAAGCUUUUCCAUUUAGCCGCAGCGUCAUUUAAAAGGAUGCAACUCUUUCCCUUUACAGAUAGUUCGAUCUAGUCUUAUUACCUGGUGUAAAUGCCAUGGCUUCAAUACAGCAUGCCAUGUGAAGACCUGCUGGAAGAUACUGCCUCCUUUUCAAGACAUCGGGAAAGUGCUAAAGAAAAAAUACAGCGACGCUGUGCCGGUGUGGUUUGUGGGUAACAGGCUAAUGGAGAAGAUUGACGAUAAUAUGAGGGCCAUCAAAAAAGAGGACACAAGGCUUGUUUAUCUUGAUCCCUCCUCAAAAGUCUGCCCCCAAAAUGACACCUUGACCCCGCCAAAUAGUGAAAUGUUUCGGAAAAAGUCGUGUACGAGCAAAAAUAGCGCCAAAACCAACUGCCAGUUUUUCAUGGCUUUGUGCAGCUAUUUUGGUCUGAGACAAGAAACAGUGAAGGAGCGUAAAAGGUAUAAGAGUACAGGUAUUUGUAGACGUAAGAAAACUUGCAAGAAAACAUACUUUACCACAACUUGUUACCGUAAACCUCAGGGUUUAAAAACUAAUUAACAGGUUCUGUUUUUUGUUUUUUAUCCUUUUCCAAAUGUUUCUUUAUUGUUUUCAGUGCUAAUAAAUAUUUUUGUCACCCAAUUUCGAAGCCAGUUUCUACAGUCAAACCUCUCGGGAGCGACUACCCAGAAUGCGAAGAUUUAGUGGUCGCUUACGAGAAUCGAACCACGAAAGUUCCCUUCCCGGAAGAGGACCGAUCACAGCUACAUCUUUGAAUAGAAUUCACUGCAUGAAGUUACGAUAUGUGUUGCCGGUUUCAUGCAGAAGGACGAUUCGCUUGGACUUAAGAAGAUUCGCCCAAUGACAUACAACACUCUAGAACAUGGUGAACCUACUUCUCCGAGAUGUUACUUUAGUUAAACUUGGAUUUCACAAGUACAGCCACUGUCUGUCCAUGUUCUCAGGCUUAAAGAACGACAAAUACACAUCGGGCGAACCGACCUUCGGGCGAAACGACCAGAUACCUCUCUUAGUAGUUUAGUACAUAGAGCGGGCAUAGAUAUCUACCAUGUCCAAGUUUUCGCUAACAGGAAGAUAAAAUCAACGGUGAAAUAACACUGAAGCCCUUGUAAUUUCGAAAAGACUCAAGUUGCCCCAGUAUGACCGAACAGAUACGAAUUUUGUAGCGACACUUCAAUGCAUUUAUAGAGAUCUGAAAGUGUUGUGGAUAGUCUAAAAGGUGUUUUCAAUGUAUUAAGGAGGAAACCGGUGCCGCGCCCCCCUCUUUGGACGACGGCCGUAGAUUUACCGAUAAUUUUAGAUGCAAUUAACAUGUUACGAAAGUAAGAACUUUUCUGAUUCCUCUCUCCAUCACAUUUUUGAAUCCGAAAAUUUUAAGUUUCUUUUUUCAGACGAAAAAUAGCCAAACCUGGGCAGUUAAUUGUGAAAAAUUAA